GGCGAUGGGGCGGAGACAGCGAAGGGAAAGCGAAGAGAAACUUAGGGAAGCCGGCGCUCCCGUUUCACCAAAACGCGGCGGACUGCAACACCUAUCAUCCGCAGCCUGGGGGGGGGAAGAUAAGAGCCCCAGCAUCUUCCAGGUGGACUUGGACCACAGGUCCCAUCACCUCCAGUGUCCAAAAGUUUAGGACUGUGGGCGGGGACAUGGAAAGAGAAAAUCCCAACAAGGAAGCUGUCCUCAUUACGGGCGGAAGUGGAUAUUUUGGUUUUCGGUUGGGUUCAGCUUUAGCCAAGGGCAAAGUGGAUGUGAUCCUGUUUGAUGUUUCCAAGCCUACCCAAGAGAUGCCCAAAGGUGUGAAAUUUGUGCAAGGUGACAUCUGUGUGAUCCACAAAGUGGAAGAAGCACUCCAGGGUGUGUCCUGUGUCUUCCAUAUUGCUUCCUAUGGAAUGUCUGGCCGGGAGCAGCUCAACCCAAAACGUAUAGAAGAGGUGAACGUCAAAGGAACCAACAACAUCAUUGAAUCUUGCAGGAAAGUUGGAAUCUCCAAACUUAUAUACACAAGCACAUACAAUGUGGUCUUUGGAGGUCAAGUCAUAGAAAAUGGAGAUGAAUCUUGGCCUUAUCUACCCCUCCAUCUUCACCCUGAUCAUUACUCAAGGACCAAAGCUUUGGCUGAAAUGAAAGUUCUGGAGGCCAAUGGGACAGUCCUAAGGGAUGGUCAGGGAGUUUUGAGAACCUGCGCCAUAAGACCUGCUGGCAUUUAUGGACCAGGAGAGCAGAGGCAUCUUCCAAGGAUUGUCAACUACAUUGAGCAGGGAUGGUUCCGGUGUGUGUACGGGAAUCCUAGCAGCCUGGUGGACUUUGUGCAUGUAGAUAACCUGGUGCAAGCUCACAUUUUAGCAGCAGAGGCUCUGGGUGCCACCAAAAACCAUGCAGCUGCUGGCCAAGCCUAUUUCAUUUCUGAUGGGAGGCCAGUCAAUAAUUUUGAAUUCUUCCGCCCUUUGGUGGAAGGUUUAGGAUAUACCUACCCCUCUCUCCGCCUCCCCCUGUCACUUGUUUACUUCUUUGCAUUUGUUACAGAACUGGUCCAUGUUGCAGUGGGACGCCUGUACAACUUUCAACCCCUCCUCACUCGCACCGAAGUUUACAAAACCGGCAUGACCCAUUUUUUUAGCAUAGCCAAAGCUAGAAGGGAGCUGGACUACGAACCUCAGCAUUACAGCCUGUGCGAAGUGGUGGAGUGGUUCCAAGCCCAUGGUCACGGCCAAAGGUUUAGCAAGUCCUCGGAAAAACACAUCAUCAGAAAUGCAGCUCUGGUCUUCCUGGCGGCCGUGAUGGUCCUUUUGUGGUUGCCGACAUUUUCUUGGAGUUUCUUUUGAAGCUCCUCAAAUAAGAAAAUACAACAAGCGGCGUGGGUGGCCUAGAGGCGGAGCUCUCGCCUCAUACUCAGGAGGCUAUGAGUUCGAUCCUAGGCAGUGGCAGGUGUUUAUGAGUAAUUCUCUGCUGCAAACUCUGUGUAGGCAUUAGGAAGGGCAUCCGACCAGUAAAUUCCUAAGCUCCAUUCCCGACUUCACCCCAAUACGAGGGAUUACAGAGUCAUUAAAAAAAACAAAACAAUGCAAAGUUUCUUUGCUGCUCCAGGUGGAAAGAAAUUAGAAACAAGGUUGCCCAAGCUCACCUUUUUCCUCUCCCAAUGGGGUUCCUUUCAUGCUCUAUCAAAUCUCCCCUUUACUUUUCUGUAGUUCAGUAACGUCUCUGAUGUAAUGGGAUGAGUAUGGAAUACAUCUGGCGGGACCCAGAACAAGGGCCUUCUCCGUGGUGGCUCCCUUCCUUCGGUACAUCAUCCCUACAGAUAAUAGACUGGCCUCCAUUUUGACACUCUUUCACAAGGCCCUGAAGACCUGGUCCAGAGCAAAAAUGGGAGUAGACCAGAGAUGGUAUUCACUUACCUUCGCUACCGGUUCGCAAAUGUGAGUGCAUGCGCACAGCGUCAGAAACAGGAUGUGAUGACAUCUGGGUGGGUGGGCGGAGCCUCUCGCCGCCACUACCGGUUCGCCCAAACUGGAUAGAACCGGCUGAAUACCACCACUGGAGUAGACAAAGUAGCUCAGAAGGGACCCUCCCGUGUUCUUGGGGACAUAAAGGCAGGGGAGGGUGGGAGAGCCCUUCAGACAUGCAAGAUUCUGUUAUUGUAACCUUACAUUAAAGGUGGUGUUAGUA